AUGCUUGUUUGAACACUGUGGUCAUAUUGCGAUGAGUUGCAACUGGUGAUUCUGAUGGAACUGAUUGCAUCCAUUAAGGUUAUUCGCAAUAAGCAGACUGGUUUGUCAGAAGGUUAUGGCUUUGUGGAGUUUUUUACACAUGCAACUGCUGAAAAGGUUUUGGAAAACUAUAGUGGCAUUUUGAUGCCUAAUACAGAACAACCCUUUCGCCUGAAUUGGGCAAGUUUUAGCACAGCUGAAAAGCGUUCAGAAAAUGGUCCCGAUCUUUCUAUCUUUGUUGGAGAUUUAGCUGCAGAUGUUACCGAUAGUUUGUUGCACGAAACUUUUGCUAGUAAAUAUCCUUCUGUUAAAGCAGCAAAAGUUGUAAUUGAUGCCAAUACUGGUCGAUCAAAAGGCUAUGGUUUUGUGAGGUUUGGAGAUGACAAUGAGAGGACACAGGCCAUGACGGAAAUGAAUGGUGUAUUCUGUUUAAGCAGGCCUAUGCGCAUUGGUGCUGCAACACCUAGGAAGUCAACUGGAUAUCAACAACACUAUUCCUCACAAGCAAAAAUGGCAUUUGACUGGAUUGUGAUAACUUCUCCUGAAGCUGGUUCAGUCUUUUUAGAGGCAUGGACGUAAGCGUUAGAAUUUGAAGCAAAUAUUGUUUCCCACUUUACCUACCAACUAGAUCCUGCAGUUUCAUCAAAAGAAAUAGUUUGAGGUGUUUCAUGUUAUUCCUAAAAAUAUUUUAUGCUUAAACCUGUCUUCAAUUACUAUUUGCUUCAAGUAUCUCAUCUUUCUACUGUCUUCACUGUCUUGCCUAAUUAACAUGUGCUAGUAAUUCCAGUCCUAUAAAUGUAUCCAUUUUCAGCCUCAACUAUUUAAAUUACUCUGGUGGGCACAUGUUAGGUGAUAUGUCAAUGUUAUAGAGUUCUUUUCUGAUUAAAAUGUUAUAGACUUCUUUUGAUAUUGAUGAACCUUUAAUCAAAAAAAGUUGUAUGGAUUC